GAGCUGUUGGGGUAUCCAGUAACUUUAGACAAGCAAUUGACUUAAAGGCUGGUAAGGAGCAAUCUAAAAUAGCCUUGUUACUUCAUACAGAAAUAACCAAUCAAUGAGCAUUUCUGAACCUCUUGCUUUCUAUUUUUCCAUACUUUGAAAACAAAAAACAUCUUCUGAUGUGUCUCCAUCCCAGUCAGAUCUGUUGGUUGAAACAGCAGAGGCUGCGGACAGAAAUGUAUUCAUUGGUGCCCCUUAGGGGGUAAAUGUCCUGAAGCUGGGUUACUUAAACAAAAAGGUUUCCUGCAUUUCUCCUCCUUAAUGAUUUGAGUUUGAAGUCAGAACUCCUGACAGUAGAGGCUUCUCCGGUUGGGGUGGGGUGAGGGGAACCUGUGCCUGCUGUGUAAUUGCUGGCAGACUCUGAAGUCACCACUAAAGAUUACAAUGACAGCGUCUCAGUGCCUGGGGGCUCAAGUGCCUUUACUGAUAAGGGGGGUUGAGGGGUGGAAUCCGCUGCUUGGCUUGCAAGUUUUGAGCUCCUGCUGCUGCUGCAUUCCCCCUAGACGUGUAGAGUUAAGAGGACUGGUCCUAGCAUCCAUUCUGAUCCCGACAGAAUGACCACCUCUUGCUGGGCCUCGGUGUAGUAGGAAAAGCCGGACUUGCACAUGACUCUAAAUUCUGCCACUUAGCAACUUCAGGAUCCUGGUGAAUCUGCUUCUCCUCCCUGACCCUCAGGUUCCUCCUCUGUCCAAUAAGGACUAUAAACACCCACCUGGUCAGGGAAACAGUGAGCUCCCGUAUGUAGGCCAGCCGGCCCGGAGGAGAAGCUCCAUAAACGUGAGCCCUAUUACUAGGCCACUUCGAAGGCCGGCGCUUGAAGAGCAUGGAGGCCAAGGUGGUGGAGUUAAAAGCCAGCUCGAGGCAGCUGGCGGGUGGAGCGCCCGGGACUUUUAUGUGGUCGGGCUGGGAGCAUCUGCCAGCCUCCAGGACUCCGCAAACCUCCGGUGCCUCCAUCCCGCUGUUCUCGGCGCCUCGGGGGCUAGAGCCGGUCGCAAGGGAUGCUGGGGCGGCGAGGGCGCAGGAAGUCGCUGCCGGACGCCCACUUCUCGCGGGAAAAGAGCUUCCGGAGCGGGCGAGGGGCCCCAGGCCGGCCGCCAUGUUUGGAGUCCCAUCUUUAGAGUGCGCGAGGGCCUACUGGGUGCCCGGCCGGCCCGCGCUGUCCCGUCCAGCCCGUCGAGGAUGUGAGGGAAUUAAGAUUAAGUGAUCAGCACGUAGUAGAUCUAUCGAAUGGAGGAGAGAGAGGGAAGUGAGCGAGGCGCGCCAGGAUCCCCCUCUGCAGCCCCGCUCGGGCCGCAGUCUGGGCCCCCAGCCGCCGUCUGGAAUCAUCUUCCUCCCCGAAAUCUUGGAGAGCCGAAGCAGAGGGAGGGAGGGGCACCCGACCCAUCCACCGCUCCACCCAAGCUCCGGGAGCGCUGAGCUGCAGACUGCCUGCAGCGCUGAAAGAGUUAACUAGGAACGCCUCCCGCUGUGGUUUUGUGGUCGAAACCAUGAUUGCCAGGAGCAAAUUUUUGUCGUGCACGAGUUUCAGAUCCGUACGGCUGCUAAAGAACGACCCAGUUAACUUCCAGAAAUUCCCCUACACUAACGAGGAUGAGGCCUGGAAGACCUACCUUGAAAAUCCCUUGACGGCGGCCACGAAGGCCAUGAUGAGAGUCAAUGGAGACGAUGAGAGCGUUGCGGCCCUGAGCUUCCUCUACGAUUACUACAUGGGCCCCAAGGAGAAGCGGCUACUGUCCUCCAGCACUGGGGGCCGGAACGACCAAGGAAAGAGGUACUACCAUGGCAUGGAAUAUGAGAUGGACCUCACUCCCCUUGAAAGUCCCACGCACCUCAUGAAAUUCCUGACAGAGAAUGUGUCUGGAACCCCAGAGUACCCAGAUGUGCUCAAGAAGAAUAACCUAAUGAGCUUGGAGGGGGCUGCACCCACACCGGGCAAGGCAGCUCUCCUCACCCCAGGCCCCAGCAAGCUGGAAGCUGGCUCUGUGGACGGCUACCUGCUGCCCACCAGUGAUGUGUAUGAUAAUGGCUCCCUCAGCUCCUUGUUUGAGAGCAUUCAUGGGGUGCCUCCCACACAGCGCUGGCAGCCUGACAGCACCUUCAAAGAUGACCCACAGGAGUCGCUGCUCUUCCCAGAUAUCCUGAAAUCAUCCCCGGAACCCCCGUGUCCAGAGGACUAUCCCAGCCCCAAGAGUGACUUUGAGUACACCCUGGGCUCCCCGAGAGCCGUCCACCUCAAAUCGGGCGAGUCGCCCAUGGCCUACCUCAACAAGGGCCAGUUCUACCCUGUCACCCUGCGGACCCCAGCAGGCGGCAAAGGCCUUGCCUUGUCCUCCAGCAAAGUCAAGAGUGUGGUGAUGGUGGUCUUCGACAACGAGAAGGGCCCGGUGGAGCAGCUGCGCUUCUGGAAGCACUGGCAUUCCCGGCAACCCACCGCCAAGCAGCGGGUCAUCGAUGUGGCUGACUGCAAAGAAAACUUCAACACUGUGCAACACAUUGAGGAGGUGGCCUAUAAUGCACUGUCCUUUGUGUGGAAUGUCAACGAGGAGGCCAAGGUGUUUAUCGGCAUCAACUGCCUCAGCACAGACUUCUCCUCGCAGAAGGGGGUGAAGGGUGUCCCCCUGAACCUGCAGAUCGACACCUACGACUGUGGCUCAGGCACUGAGCGCCUGGUACACCGAGCUGUCUGCCAGAUCAAGAUCUUUUGUGACAAGGGAGCGGAAAGGAAGAUGCGGGAUGACGAGCGGAAGCAGUUCCGGAGGAAGGUCAAGUGCCCCGACUCCAGCAACAGUGGCGUCAAGGGCUCCCUGCUGUCCGGCUUCAGGGGCAAUGAGACCACCUACCUGCGGCCUGAGGCAGACCUGGAAACCCCGCCGGUGCUGUUCAUCCCCAACGUGCACUUCUCUGGCCUGCAGCGCCCUGGAGGGGCAGUGCCCUCAGCAGGACACGGCACAUCCAACAGGGUCUUCUUCACCUCUGGGGCCCCUCCGACCCUGGGUUCCUCACAGGCCUCUCCCUGCCAUCCCCACAGGCUGCCUCUGAAGCGUACCUGCUCACCCUUCACCGAGGAGUUUGAGCCUCUGCCCUCCAAACAGGCCAAGGAAGAUGACCUACAGAGAGUGCUGUUGUACGUGCGGAGAGAGACCGAGGAGGUGUUUGACGCCCUCAUGUUGAAGACCCCGGACCUGAAGGGCCUGAGGAGUGCGAUCUCUGAGAAGUAUGGGUUCCCUGAGGAGAACAUUUACAAAGUCUACAAGAAAUGCAAGCGGGGAAUCUUGGUCAACAUGGACAACAACAUCAUUCAGCAUUACAGCAACCAUGUCGCCUUCCUGCUGGACGUGGGGGAGCUUGACGGCAAGAUCCAGAUCAUCCUUCAGGAGCUGUGAGCCCUGAGCCUCCACAGCCGCACACCUCUUGAAGUGGACUCCAGGCGAGGGGCCAGCUGGGAAGUGGCCCCGCGCCACACACAACCUCUCCUCAUGCCUCAGUGCUGUUACUUGAAUGCCUUCCCUGGGGAAGAGGCCCUCAAGUCACAGACCCACAGACGUCAAGGCCAGGAAGGGACCUGGGAGGUGUCCUGAUCCGAACCUUCAUCUCGUGCUUGAAUCUAUUCUCCGAACUUCCGGCCAGAGCCUGCCCAGCCAGAGACAGUGUCAUGUUGCUUAACAAGCCCAGCAGGCUCGUUCCUCCUCGGAAGCCCUUCUCUACAGCCCCUCUCCCGCAGGCUGCCGUUCGGAUGGGGGAAGUGGACCCUGUCUCCACAAGCUGACUUGACUCUUCCCGUUCUUGACUCUUCCGUCAACUUCAGACCAAUGAGUCCUCACCCUUUGGUCAGUUAGUUAACUUGAAAACACUUGAUUCUCAGUGCAAAUGACUUUUAAAAGACACUGUAGUGGAUAUACUCUCCUCAUAGACGUACUUCCUCAACACUAGACAGCAGCAGAGGCGACCGACUGGAACAAAGUGGCCUCGGUGUAACACGACCGCCAUGCCUGCUCACUACUGUAUACAUUUCUUAUUUACAGUUUUCAUUUAUGUUUUAUAUAUAUAUAAGUAUAUAUUGUAUAUAUAUGCAACAUUUUAUAUUUUUCAUGGAUACGUUUUUAUCAUUUCAAAAAAUGUGUAUUUCACAUUUCUUGGAUUUUUUUUUUAGCUGUUAUUCAGUUAUGCAUUUUGUAUACUCGUAUGGUAUUUAGUAAUAA